UGUAUAUUUUAUCGCAUUGAUUUCAGUGAAGCGAGAGUCAAUCUCAGUCUAGCAUCCGUUCGGAAUUAAAAUAACUUAUCAAGAGACUAAUACAUUUUAACCAUGAAUAUUUGCUAAUCAGUUUUUAACAAGUGAAGCUGGAAAUUGGCGUAGUACGCGAAAGCUGCCCAAUCGAACAUACGGAAAAGCGUCAUCUAUCAACGCGCCGGGCAACUAUACACAGCCUUGUCAUCUUCACCACCGCAGCUGUGAAAUUCAACUAGAGGAGCUGUUGCAUCAUACGUAGUAGUACCAAGAGAGUACUCACCAUGGCGUCCUCAGCAGAUGUCAAAACUUGUUCUAUAUGCCUGAAAGCGUCCGGGGAAGACUCAGUCUGCCCUGAUUGCAAGGGCAAGCCUAUCGCGUGUCUCUGUUGUGGAUCCACUUCAGACCACAAAGGCAAGAUCACUGAGCUGCCACCCAGACCUAGCACAGAACAAGACGGUGGAUCCACUUCAGACAACAAGGACAAGGGCACUGCGCCACCUGGAUUUAACAUGGAAAAAGUGAUCGCCGACGCGGUCACCAAGAUGCUGAGCCAAGUGAUGGAGACUCACGACGACAUGACCAAGUCCAAAGAGAUCCUGGCAAGGUUCAGCGCGAAUAUAAAGAAGUACAUGGCUUCGUAUGAAGUGCUGAAUUACCGUGUGAUCAACCUGGAGGCCCGGGUGGCUGCACUGGAGAACCCCGUGGAUCCCAUGUCACCUGAGGAGGAGCACGCCAUGAUCCCGUCGGACGCUGAUGAUGAUAAUGAAGAUGCAAUUGUUAUCGAAUACCCUGAAGACCUGUAGACCCGUCGCUUUUCUGAUUUAGGUUGAUUGUUUAUUUCAUGUAUCGGAUGAUGUCGUAGUUUUUAAUAGUUGAGAUUUUACAUGAAUUUUUUUGUGCGAUUCAGUUUAUACUUUAGGUAUUGAAUAUGUAGGUUCAGGUUGACAGAUUAGUUUGUACAUGUUCAGGUUGAUAUUUGUUUUAAAGUAUGUAGCUUACUUUACCUGAAGGGUUUUUUAUAAAGCUGUUUUUUUAUUUAGUUCGCCAAAAUAUUGGUGUUGUGAUGUUGUUGUAAAUUUGUCUAUGAAAUUUAUAAAGAAAUUUUAACGUAUUGAUGUAUUUACCUAUAUAUCUACAGAAUUUUACAUUAUAAUGUUGAUGUAAACUUGUCUAUUUAUCGGAAUUAUAACUAUUUUAUUUCAAGCAGUUUAAACCGUGUCAAUUUUUGCUACUGUGAAAAUGUAGGCUAUGAAAAAUUUACAUAUAUUUAGCGUGUAUGAUGUUAUACAUGAAUGAGACUUUUUUAAUG